GGAAAGAUAAAGUAGGAAAACUUGAGUAUAAAAUAGAACGGGAAGCUCGCUCCAAAACCUAUACUCUCUGGUUAUCUCUCUUCCUCCGAGCCGUCAGGUUGUAUCGUUUUAGUUUUAAGUCUCUUAUUUUUUGAAAGUUCCUAGUUAAUACUACAUAAUGGGUAAGGAGAAGGUUCACAUCAACAUUGUUGUCAUUGGCCAUGUUGACUCUGGGAAGUCAACCACAACGGGUCACUUGAUCUACAAGCUUGGAGGUAUUGACAAGCGUGUGAUCGAGAGGUUCGAGAAGGAAGCUGCUGAGAUGAACAAAAGGUCAUUCAAGUAUGCCUGGGUGCUCGACAAGUUGAAGGCUGAGCGUGAGCGCGGUAUCACCAUUGAUAUUGCCUUGUGGAAGUUUGAGACAACCAAGUACUACUGCACUGUCAUUGAUGCUCCUGGACAUCGCGACUUCAUUAAGAAUAUGAUUACGGGUACUUCUCAAGCUGACUGUGCUGUCCUUAUCAUUGACUCCACAACUGGAGGUUUUGAAGCUGGUAUUUCCAAGGAUGGGCAGACCCGUGAGCAUGCUCUCCUUGCCUUCACUCUUGGUGUCAAGCAAAUGAUUUGCUGCUGCAACAAGAUGGAUGCCACAACCCCCAAGUACUCAAAGGCAAGGUAUGAUGAAAUUGUUAAGGAAGUUUCUUCCUACCUGAAGAAGGUUGGUUACAACCCUGAGAAGAUUCCAUUCGUACCCAUCUCUGGUUUUGAGGGUGACAACAUGAUUGAGAGGUCCACCAACCUCGAUUGGUACAAGGGUCCAACCCUCCUUGAGGCUCUUGACCAGAUCAAUGAGCCCAAGAGACCCUCUGACAAGCCCCUCCGUCUCCCACUUCAGGAUGUCUACAAGAUCGGUGGUAUUGGAACUGUCCCGGUGGGUCGUGUUGAAACCGGUACCCUUAAGCCUGGAAUGGUUGUUACAUUCGGACCUUCUGGAUUGACCACUGAAGUUAAGUCUGUUGAGAUGCAUCAUGAAGCUCUUCAAGAGGCUCUUCCUGGUGACAAUGUUGGGUUCAACGUGAAGAAUGUUGCUGUCAAGGAUCUCAAGCGUGGAUUUGUUGCCUCCAACUCCAAGGAUGAUCCUGCCAAGGAGGCAGCCAACUUCACCUCCCAAGUUAUCAUCAUGAACCACCCAGGGCAGAUUGGAAAUGGCUAUGCACCGGUCCUAGAUUGCCACACCUCCCAUAUUGCUGUCAAGUUUGCAGAGCUCUUGACCAAGAUUGACAGGCGAUCUGGUAAGGAGCUUGAGAAGGAGCCUAAGUUCUUGAAGAAUGGUGAUGCUGGUAUGAUUAAGAUGGUUCCGACCAAGCCCAUGGUUGUCGAAACCUUCUCCGCGUACCCUCCACUUGGACGUUUUGCCGUUAGGGACAUGAGACAGACUGUUGCUGUUGGUGUGAUCAAGAGCGUGGAGAAGAAGGACCCAACUGGAGCCAAGGUGACCAAGUCUGCUGCCAAGAAGGGCAAGUGAACCUCGGGGGAAUUUGUUGAUUCAACAAAAGUUUAUCAUGGUUACUACAAUAAAAUUUUGGUUCAUGUUAGUAGGUCCAUCACUGGACUUUUGGUUACAUGUUUUAAUGGUUCACCGUCAUCUCCUGGAUAUUGUUCCCAGACCUGGGUUCUUGAUAGGCGGUGGUGAGGCUUAUCUUUGGAGUCCAUAGUGUGUCAUCAUUAAUAUUAUUAUGCCUUAAUGAGCUAUAAACUUGAUGAUAUUUUUUGUUCCCAUUUUUCCACCAAAGUGGUCCUGGAGUUUUACCUCUCUUCGUGGGCUGCUUUCCUUCACUCAAUGUUCUAUCUAAACCUUUUAUAUUAUCCAAGUCUAUAGCCUGCUUCUGUUUUA